ACUCUUUGCAGGAAUUCCACGUAUUCAUCCGAAUGGAAACGACACAUAUCGUGGGUGCUAGCACGGUAUGGACGAUAUAUCUGCAUUUUUUUUGUGCAAACCAUAGUUGAGUACUAAGCUAUGAAUUACAGAAAGUCUGUGAGGUUUCAUCGGAUGUCCUGGACCAUAAUGAAAAUUUCCAACGUCAGGAUUAUAGAAAUACGAUACUUUUUUAUUGUAACUCAUUUUCAGAAAAAUUUUGUAUGAAAUCGAAGAAUCGAUACUCAUAUUGGUAAAUUGAAACGUUUAAUACUUGUCAAACAGCAUUUCAUUAAACAAACGUUAAAUUUUCAGGGGCAUCAAAUUGACCAGGUACGCCGCGGCCAUUCUUAUUUUAUGGACGCUGGCGGUUGGCAACGAUGCUUUCUAACGUAUUCUGAGGGAUGAAGAGAAUUAUUUGCUUCUUGUAUUAUUUAUCUACAGUAUUUUAUAGUAAUACAUUUUUAUUAAAAUUGUAACUAGUUCAAGUGGCCAAGAGGAAAAGAAAGUUUGAAAGUAUGCGACCGGAUUCGCGCAGCGUUUCGUUUACAUUUCACCGGGAAGUUCUAAGUGUCAAAAAUUCGUCCGAGCUUACGAAGAAUCCGAAGAAUCUGAGACGACGCCUUCAGGAUCGUUUUGAUAAGGAAAAACCCGGCGAUUCGUGCAAGGAGAAAAUGUCGAAAGACAAUCGAAGCUGGAAUAAUUUAACGCUCGGAAAUAUGUCAGCAGACUCGAGACGUGCUCUACGAAGUGGAGCCGAGAAACUAUCCAAAACUAUAUCUUCCGUUCGUACAACUUUCGGAACUAUAUCACAGAAGUUCAAAAGUUCAACGCGCAGGCGACAAAGACUGGAGGAACAGCAGUCUCCAAACAACAUGUCCAAGAUGCAAACUCCUCAAACUCGUUCUCGUCAAAUUCUUGGACGAACACCAACUAAACUUUACAGCCCUUUUGGCAUCGAAUCACCUAGGCAUGCAUGGGAUAAAGAAAACAAUGAGACACCCAUGCAUACUCCUGUAUCAUCUAACGCACAUUACAUCCAAUGUAGGCCAUUCCGUUUCACAAGAGCAAAAGGAUUUUCUGUCUUAAGAUAAAGUCCUUUCCAUGUUCAUUGAGUUUCACAGAAUGAUCUCCUUACUUCCUAGCAAUGCAUUCAAAAUUGCGUGCCUUGUGCAACUUAUAAUUGGAGUAUGUAUUCAAUUUUUCUAUUGAAGUAGUAAUUCCCUCUAAUAUAUUAUUAUCUUAACACAUUAUCUAUAAUAUCAGGCUGCUUUACAUGUACAUGCAAUGUAUAAUGUAUUUAUAC